GACGUCUGGUAGUUGUCAGAAAAUUCUUCAAUCACUAUGUCAAGCGACACAGAUGUUUCUCUUUCUUCAUAUGAUGAAGAUCAGGGAUCUAAACUUAUCCGAAAAGCUAGAGAGGCACCAUUUGUCCCCAUUGGAAUGGCAGGUUUUGCAGCAAUCGUUGCAUAUGGAUUAUAUAAGUUAAAGAACAGGGGAAAUACUAAAAUGUCUGUUCACCUGAUCCACAUGCGCGUGGCAGCCCAAGGCUUUGUUGUGGGAGCAAUGACUCUUGGUAUGGGCUAUUCCAUGUAUCGAGAAUUCUGGGCAAAACCUAAACCUUAGAAGAGGAGAUGCUGUCUUGUUCUUGUUGGUGGUGCUUGCUUUAGUUAGACAUCUCACAUUGAGGUUAUAUGUUUACGUUGAAAAUAAAUUGUUUGGGUCAGACAAUUACAUGGGAAUUUGAAUACUGGCUUC